CCGCUGCGGUUCUGGUGGAAGCUCACCUGUAGCUGAUGAGCUAGAACUUUCUGCUGCGUUUUUUUGUUGACAUGCUAGCCCAGGUUUGGUCGGACUUUGAGCAGAGUUUUCGGGCCAAGCUCCAGACGUUGACGUUAUGGUGGAAGGCUGCCUUUCCCAUAUCUGUGCCGCCCUCCAUGGCUGCUGACGACUACAACCCUGUCUCCCUGCGGCACAAGUCCAAGAGGAAGAGUCGAGGAGGAAAUGGAACGAUGAGCAGAAGACGGAUCUCAGUCAAAGAGCUGGGUCAGCCUGACCACCAGGGCUGGCUGUACAGGAAGAAGGAGAGUAAAGGAUUUCUGGGAAUUAAAUGGAAGAAGUACUGGUUUGUCCUGAAGAAGACUGCGCUCUACUGGUACACCAACCAGCUGGCAGAGAAGGCCGAGGGUUACAUCGACCUCAGCAACUUCAUGAUCGACAGAGCCAUCGAGUGCAAGAAGAAACAUGCGUUCAAAGCCUGCCACCCACACGUCAUGAUGUUCUACUUUGCUGCCGAGUCCCACGAGGAGAUGAACCUGUGGUUGAAUAAACUGGGAUUAGCCUCUAUCCAUUAUAAGCCAGCUCAACAAAACACUGCAGCAGAAUGUUACAGUGAAGCCAGUGACCAUGAGGAGACCGAGAGCACGGAGAUCCCGCCUCCACCCUACUCUGAACAGAGCCUGCGGAGCUCAGUGGAAACAUCUGUGACUCCCGGCAGCACAAAUCAGGGCACUCUUCCUCCUCCCUAUUCCUCUACAGCGCCCAGUGAAGCAAACGGUUCCCUGUCAUCACCAGUCAGUACCAUGACGUCACAGAGCUCCUCCUCUUCUCUGGCCAAGCAGCGGCAGUCGUGGCUCGACCUGGUCUCACGAGCUUCGCCCUCUGCUGGGGAAACAGCUGUGGUGUGUUCAGUUCAAAUACACUCACAUCAGCCUCCUCCAGAGGAGCAGGAGCAGGAGGAGGAGGAGGAGGUGGUGAGGGAGGAAUCUUCAGUCUUGGAGAGUUCUGGACCCCAGGACUCAGGAGGGACUGGGUCUAAUGAGAGGAGCGCUGUGGCAGUCGGGGAGACACCUAGUGGUGGUUCAGGGUCUCAAAGUGAAGACCCUGGAAGCUGCUCAGAUGAGAUGGAGAUGCUGUACAUCCAUCUGAAAGCGGCCAGUCUGUCGCCCAUCGGAGAUCGAAAACCCUCCACCAAAAGAGAAUUCCGAGCCUCUUUUGUAAAACGCUGUAAAAACCAUGCUGUCAAUGACAAACUCCACCUUAUACGGACACUCAAUAGCACAUUAAAGUCAAAGGAAGCGGACCUUCAGGCCAUUGAGCAGGUGCUGUCGGAACAGGAGCUAACGUCACACAAGUUCAAGGAGUGGAAGGAGGCCAAUGCACCUUUGGUGCAAGAGAUCUGUGUGAAGCAGGUCCAGCAGGGGGCGCAAGAGGACAAACGAGCUGCAGCAUCAGUCAGUGCUGCUCCAGUGGUGGAGACUAGUUUAUGAAGUUUUUUUUAAUUUAUUUUUUUAAUCAGCACACACACACACACACACACACACACCUGUACUGAUGUUUAUUUUUGCUGAAACUACUGUCCCUCGUCAGUGAGCUGCUGUUCUACCACACAGCAUGGAACUGGAUCAAUGAAGAAUUGUGUUUCUAGAGCCUUAAACGGAGAUGUUUUAUUGAUUACAGGUCACAUUUUAAGGUGACGUGACGUUUAGUAUUAUGUCAAUAGCAAAUGUCGCUGUUGUUUUUACAGCGUUUUUUUUUUUUUUUGCGUACUCCGGUUUUUAUUAUUUUGAAUGAUGGAGGUCGUUGGAAUAAUGAAUCCAUUGUUCACUGCAUUAAAAAACACUGUUGUUGUUUUGUUUUUAGUUUUUAUUUCAGUGGUGAACACAUUUUUAAAUCUGUUUUUAUGUCUCUUUACUGGUGCCAUGCACCGUCACUGCAUGUUACACUUUUGACAGAAACUGUUGUGAAUAAAUGGUUCUUUGUUGACUUUGGUUUUAUUUACAGACUGCACAUCUUUAUCUUUGACAGGCAAACUGAUAUGUUCAAGAUAAGUUCGGACCGACUGUUGGGGAACAGUUUUACAAACCUACAGUACUGCAGUCUGGGUGCAGACAAGCUGCACACAACAAUGUAUUUUUCUAAAUAACUUUCAUCAGAUGUGCAUGUUAAGUAUUAACUACUGUUUAUGUAAAUACAACAUGAAUGUUUGAUGUUCAUUUUCUUGGAGGUUUUAACUGUAAUAAAUGCUUGUUUGUAUACAGGAAUUAAAAAAAAAAUUCUCAAGAGAA